AUGCCCUCCCGCGGCAUCGGCGGUCGCGGGCGCAGCCGCCGUGCACGACGCCGCCGCGAGGAGGCGGCGGCGGAGCCGAGGGACUGGGCCGACGGCCUCGGGCCAGACCUGCUCCUGGAGAUCCUUGGCCGGCUCGACCACGCCGACAUCCUGAUGUCCGCCGACCGCGUGUGCUGGGCCUGGCGCCGCGCUGCGCGGGAGGAGCCCACGCUGUGGCGCCGUGUCGUCAUGCGCGGCGGCGGCGGCGGCCUCGACGGGAUAUCGCGCAGGCUCAACCGCUGCGGCGCGGCAUGCGAGGCCGUUCGGCGCGGCGCAGGGCUGUGCGAGGCCGUCUGCGUCGAGUACGCCGCCGAUGACGGCUUCCUCAUCUACCUCAGCGAGAUGGCCCCCAAAUUGAAGAGCCUUCGUCUCAUUUGUUGCAAUGAUGUAACAGAGGAAGGAUUUACAGGGGCAGUGCAGGAGCUCCCUCUGCUCGAGGAACUCGAGCUAUCACUAUGCGACAAUGUUGGCUGCUCUGUGGAUUGUUAUGAGCUUGUUGCUGAUAAAUGCAUACAGCUCAAGCACUUCAGACUGAGCAGACAUGAUUCUAAAGUUGGAGAAGCGUGGUGGCAGAACAAGGAUGUGCCCGCGAUUGCAUCUAUGCACCGGUUACGCUCCCUGCAGCUUUUCGGCAAUACUCUCUCAAGCAAUGGUCUAGAAACCAUCUUGGAUAACUGUCCCCAACUGGAGUCCCUUGACAUACGCCGCUGUGCCAACGUCAAAAUGGAUGGGACUCUGCUUGCCAAGUGCUCCAAGAUCAAGAAAAUAAGGCUUCCUGGUGACUCAAUUGAUGACUAUGACCUCAAGGACCGCAGCAAAGUUCGUAGCCCUGUCAUGCGACGUGGUAACCAUAGGGUAGUACAGCCUUUUAGAGGCAAUUAUCACCACUACUUUAACCGUGAUGAAUUUUUCCCGCGCCUUUCAAGAUGA